AUAUAUAUAUAUAUAUCUAUCUUUGUACCUAAAAUUCAAUAAUUUAGUUAUAAGAAAAAAAUAAAAUAAAAUAAAAUAUUAUUGAAUGGGUGCAGAAAACAAGCUGUUUUCUUAUUUACAAGUUUCUUCUCACAACACCUCUGAAGAUUGUUGGGUCAUCAUCAAUGGCAAGGUUUAUAAUGUAACAAAUUACUUAAAUGAGCAUCCAGGAGGAGACGAGGUCAUAUUAGGACAAGCAGGCAAAGAUGCUAGUGAGGAGUUCGAAGAUGUCGGCCAUGGUAGUGCCGCAAGGCUAAUGUUGGAUGAAUUCUACGUUGGCGAGGUCGAUCCAACUACAAAAAUGUCCGUAGACGACAUUAGUGUUCGUCUAGAUCCCAUUAAAGAUGGGAAGGAAAAGCUCGGAUCGAAAAAUAAUAAACUUGUGUACAUUUUGCUGGUCCUAGCAAUCAUAGGAUUCGGUUUGGGGGUUCAAUUGUUUGUAUCGCCAACUUAAAAAUAUGGAUGACAUCGAAGAAGUUCGUAAUAAUCUCGCAAGAACUCGAUGAGGAAGAAGAAAAAAAAAUAUUCGAUAUAAUUUCAUGAAUUUGUAUUUUAUUUUUGUUGUAAACUCAUAUGCAUCAUUAGCGAAAA